AUGGAGAUUUGCAAAUUUCUAGCCUUAGUCGUCGCCGUCGUGGCUCUCUUUUCCGGUCAGACAAAAGCACAACUAGGAGCAAGCACUCAGGUAAUGGCUUGCAUGCAAAGACUAUUGCCGUGUCAGCCGUACAUACACAAGGUGGACCCGCCGCCUCCACCGUCGUGUUGCGCCCCGAUGAAAGAAAUCGUGGAGAAAGAUGCACCGUGUCUAUGCACCGUUUUUAACAAUCCGGAGAUGCUUAAAACCCUAAACCUCACCAAAGAAAAUGCUCUUGAUCUUCCCAAAGCAUGUGGAGCUAAACCUGACGUUUCACUAUGCAACAACAAAACCGCUUCUUCUUCGCCUACUGCAUCGCCGGGAUCUACCAACGGGGGCUCUUCACUUCAAGCUAUCAGCUUCGACGGACUUAGCUUUGUGUCUGUUUUUGUGGCAAUGAUCUUCCUUUGA